UCAAGAACAUGUGCAAGCUGAAGCCGCUGCUGCAGCGCUGGCUCAACGAGGCGGAGAACACAGACAACAUGCAAGAGAUGUGCAAUGCGGAGCAAGUGUUGGCCCAAGCCCGGAAGAGAAAACGCAGGACCAGCAUCGAGACCAACGUGAAGGGGACACUGGAGAGCUUCUUCCGCAAGUGCGUGAAGCCCAGUCCCCAGGAGAUCUCCCAGAUCGCCGAGGACCUCAACCUGGACAAAGAUGUGGUCCGCGUCUGGUUCUGUAACCGGCGUCAGAAAGGCAAACGGCUGCUGCUGCCCUUCGGCAACGAGGCGGAGGGGGUGAUGUACGACAUGAACCAGUCCCUGGUGCCCCCCGCCCU